CGCCUAUAUAAAGCCCGUCUCGCUGCGUUUCGUCGCCACUGUCUCUUCCUGUUUGCGGUUGUGUCUGUCGUUGUUUGUGGCUGGAGCUGCAGUGGCCGUGAAGAUGGCGUCUACCAGCCGUUUGGAUGCUCUUCCAAGAGUCACAUGUCCAAACCAUCCAGAUGCGAUCCUAGUGGAGGACUACAGAGCUGGUGAUAUGAUCUGUCCUGAAUGUGGCCUGGUUGUAGGUGACCGAGUUAUCGAUGUAGGAUCUGAGUGGAGAACUUUCAGCAAUGAUAAAGCAACAAAAGAUCCAUCUCGAGUUGGAGAUUCUCAGAAUCCUCUUCUGAGUGAUGGAGAUUUGUCUACUAUGAUUGGCAAGGGUACAGGAGCUGCAAGUUUUGAUGAAUUUGGUAAUUCUAAGUACCAGAAUAGGAGAACCAUGAGUAGUUCUGAUCGGGCAAUGAUGAACGCAUUUAAAGAAAUCACUACCAUGGCAGACAGAAUCAACCUCCCUCGAAAUAUAGUUGAUCGAACAAAUAACCUAUUCAAGCAAGUGUAUGAACAGAAGAGCCUAAAGGGGAGAGCCAAUGAUGCCAUAGCUUCUGCUUGUCUUUAUAUUGCCUGCCGACAGGAAGGGGUUCCUAGAACAUUUAAAGAAAUAUGUGCUGUAUCACGAAUUUCUAAGAAAGAAAUUGGUCGAUGUUUUAAACUUAUUCUGAAAGCUUUAGAAACCAGUGUGGAUUUGAUUACAACUGGGGACUUCAUGUCCAGGUUUUGUUCCAACCUUUGUCUUCCUAAGCAAGUACAGAUGGCAGCGACACAUAUAGCCCGUAAAGCUGUGGAGUUGGACUUGGUUCCUGGAAGAAGCCCGAUAUCUGUGGCAGCAGCUGCUAUUUACAUGGCCUCACAGGCAUCAGCUGAGAAACGGACCCAAAAAGAGAUUGGAGAUAUUGCUGGUGUUGCUGAUGUUACGAUCAGACAGUCGUACAGAUUAAUCUAUCCGCGGGCCCCAGAUCUGUUUCCUACAGACUUCAAAUUUGACACCCCUGUGGACAAACUACCACAGCUAUAAGUUGAGGAGGCUAAUGUGAAAUUCCUGUGAACACUGAACUUUGCCUGUUGUACAUAGCCUAUAUUACCAAGUGCUGGAUUGAGCCUUUAAUAAGGAAGAACGAAAGACAUGGUACGCAUUCCAGGGCUAAAUAUAAAUUGCUUGGCAUUCUGUAUGUAUAUACUAGUGAAACAUAUUUAAUGAUUUAAAUUUCAUAUUAAACUUGCUUUCUUUUGUAGCAAUCUAGGAAACUAUUUUGGAAGAUAUUUGAAAUUCUUGAAUAAAACAUUUUUCAAAACUAAA